AGAAACACGGAGGACUAAAGAAUGACGAGCGGAGGGAAUCCCGACGGCGUCGAUGGCGGCGGCGGCGGCGGCGGCGGCGGCGACAGCUGGAGAGCUGAAGAAGCUGUCGGCGGCAACCGAGAAGCGCUGGAGGCACUCCGAGAGCUCAUCACCUUCCCUCUUCUCUACUCCCGCGAAGCUCAGCGGCUCGGCCUCAAGUGGCCGCGGGGCUUGCUUCUGUACGGACCGCCGGGCACUGGAAAGACAAGCUUGGUUCGUGCCGUUGUACAAGAAUGUUCUGCGCAGUUGACCGUUAUCAGUCCAUACUCUGUUCACAGAGCUCAUGCUGGAGAAAGUGAGAGUGUUCUGCGAGAAUCUUUUUCUGAAGCAUCUGCUGUUGCAGCGUCGGGCAACCCAUCGGUUAUCUUCAUAGAUGAAAUAGAUGUGCUUUGCCCUCAUCGUAGUUCUAGAAGAGAACAAGAUGUUCGUUUGACAUCUCAAUUAUGUACCCUCAUGGACUCUAUUCAGCCGUUAUCAGGAUCAUUGCCACAAGUUGUUGUUGUUGCAUCGACCAACAGAGUGGAUGCACUUGACCCUGCACUUAGAAGGUAUGGGCGUUUUGAUGUUGAAAUAGAAGUUACAACACCCAAUGAAGAAGAGCGCUUUGAAGUUCUCCAGCUUUACACAAGAAAAGUUCCUUUGGAUCCUACUGUUGACUUGAGAUCCAUUGCUCGAAUGUGCAAUGGAUAUGUUGGAGCUGAUUUAGAAGCUUUAUGUCGCGAGGCAACUGUUUUUGCUCUUAAAAGGUUUUCAGAUGUAGAGGCACUUUUGCUUACAAUGGAAGAUUGGGACUAUGCUAGAUCUAUUGUUGGCCCAAGUAUAACAAGAGGUGUUACCGUAGAAAUUCCUAAGGUAUCAUGGGAUGAUAUAGGUGGAUAUAAGGAAUUGAAGAGGAAGAUUCAGCAAGCUGUUGAGUGGCCUAUCAAACAUUCUGCUGCUUUUUCGAGGCUGGGAAUAUCACCAAUACGUGGAGUACUUCUGCAUGGGCCUCCAGGGUGCUCAAAAACUACUCUUGCGAAAGCCGCUGCUCAUGCUACCCAAGCUUCUUUUUUUUCCUUAAGUGGAGCAGAAUUAUAUUCAAUGUAUGUUGGAGAGGGGGAAGCCUUAUUGAGGAAUACCUUCAGGAGAGCUCGUCUUGCGGCACCAAGCAUCAUAUUUUUUGAUGAGGCUGACGUCGUGGCAGGCAAGCGUGGAGGUAAAUCAAGCAGCAAUGCCGUAGUUGGAGAGAGGCUACUAUCCACAUUGUUGACUGAGAUGGACGGUUUAGAACUGGCAAAUGGAAUCAUUGUUUUAGCUGCUACAAAUCGCCCUUAUGCAAUCGAUGCAGCACUUAUGCGCCCUGGACGUUUUGAUUUGGUGCUCUAUGUACCCCCACCAGAUUUGGUGUCUCGCCAUGAGAUAUUGCGCGUGCAUACUCGAAACAUGAAAAUAGGGGAUGAUGUUGAUCUCAGAGAUUUAGCAGAACAUACUGAACGGUUCACAGGAGCUGAAUUGGAGGGCCUGUGCAGGGAAGCAGGAAUAGUCGCUUUAAGAGAAAACAUUCACGCAAUUGCCGUUUAUGACCGUCAUUUCCAAAUCGUUAGGGAGUCCUUGAAGCCAGCAUUGACCGAAGCAGACAUUCAUUCUUAUGAAUCAUUCCGAAGGACUCGAUAGCUGAAGCCAUGUGACCGAACGAUCCAAACUGACACGACCCUACUUGAAGCCAGACAUCUUUCCACCCGGAUCGGAGGAUUCUGGAUUAUAAAUGGUGUUUAUGGUCUCCAGGAAUCUGGAUUAUGAGUGUCGAUAGCAGCUUGUGAUCAAGCUUCGCCUCAUUGAUUGCAAUUUUUGGCCUACCUUUUGAUGCAAAAAGCAGUCGGGUGUGUUUUAGUGCAGUUUCAAAUGUUGAGUUCAAAAGCUCAUGAAAGGGACUUUUUCACGGAAAUGGGGAUUAGCGAUGACAUCAUGAAAAUGCGGCAUCGUCGAGCAAUUUGGUCCUCUUGUGUUUCGAUCUGUCUAAUGUCAUCUGUUGAUGUCUGGUGGAUGUGAUCCGUGAGUUGAUAAAUUUUAGUAAAUUUUGUCAGAAGUUUUAGUAGAUAUCCAGUACUUGGGAAAAUGUUUGUGUUGGUAAGUUGCCAACUUACAUUUGAAAUUACUUAUAUAUAGUUGAUUAUAAGUUAA